AGAGAGAGAGAGAGAGAGAGAGAGCAGCAUUUCAUGAUCGAUUUGUAAUGAAGAUGUUGCUGUUGUUGUCGUCGUCUAUGUCAUGUACUUGCUCUGAUCACCUCCUUCAAUGUCUCCCAAGUGUUUUUCCAAGUCCAAGAUUGUGAUAAAGAUUACUGUUUUCAGUUGUUUCGAUAUUUGGCCAAGUUUAUGGUCAUAGCUCUCUCUCUCUCUCUCUCUCAAAUAAUCAACACUCAUUUUUCACGAUCUUUGUUGAUCUUUCUCUCAAAUUGCACAUAUAUUUCGCAAACUAUUGUUUUGGUGUUAUAUGGCACAAUUACCACCCAAGAUACCAAGCAUGACUCAAAAUUGGCAUUCUUCUUCUCACCAAAGAAUGCCCAUUAAUAUGUCAAACUUCGUUCCCACCAACAACAAUACUUCUACUUCCAUGCCCACCGCCCAACAACAACAACCCACUUGGGUGGACGAGUUCCUCGACUUCUCGUCAGCCCGGCGCGGAGCCCACAGGCGGUCCAUGAGCGACUCCAUUGCCUUCCUCGAGACGGCUCCAUUCAUCGGUGUCGAAUGCCGGAAUAAUGGCACCAGCGGCGGUUUCGACCGCUUGGACGACGACCAGCUCAUGUCAAUGUUCUCCGACGAGGUCUUGGUCGCGCUGCCGCCUACAGUCUCAUCUUCCAAUGCGUCCACACCGUCUGACCACAACAGCAAUAUCGACGACGAGAAUAAGCCAAUAAUGCCUCUCGACCAACAGCCCAAAAGUGAACCGGGAGAGGUUGAAAGCUCAUGCAAACCUGAGCCACAAGAUCCAGUACUACUGCCCUCCACCACCCCCACCGGCGACUCCAACGUCGAUCCUAAGAGGGUGAAAAGAAUUUUGGCAAACCGGCAAUCAGCGCAAAGGUCAAGAGUGAGGAAACUGCAAUAUAUUUCGGAGCUAGAACGGAGUGUAACAACAUUACAGACCGAAGUAUCAUCAUUGUCACCAAGGGUUGCAUUCUUGGACCACCAAAGGUUGAUACUUAAUGUCGAUAAUAGCGCUCUCAAGCAACGGAUCGCUGCUUUGGCUCAAGAUAAUAUUUUCAAAGAUGCUCAUCAAGAGGCAUUAAAGAAGGAAAUAGAGAGAUUAAGGCAAAUCUAUCACCACCAGAACCUCAAGAAGAUGAGCAGCGCAGCCAAUCUGCAAAAUGCACCACCACCACCAACAUCGCCAUCACAAGCACCGCAGCCCCCAACUCCCGAUCACUUUGGAGGUACGGACAAGGAAAGGCUUCUCAACUGAGAGAUAGAGAGAGCGUGGGUGCAUUCUGCUAAACUGGAUUUUCACGUGAUGUGUUCCCACUUGUUGGCUUACAUGGGGCCCCUGAUAAAGCUUUGUGGGAUUGAGAGGAUUGGAGUUGACACAUGGACUACUUAGAUUGGGUGGCGAAAACAUCUUGUUUUUCUUUCCCCCUCUUAUUUGGGAAUCUAGGGUUGGAGUUGGGUUUUUUUCUUUAUGCUUUUGUGAUAUUAUUAUAUGAUUCUUUUUUUUUUGGGCCUCUAACUUUUAGUUAUUUUUUCGAUGGGUAAAAAAAAAAAAAAAAAUGGUGCGUUUUAAUAUGUUGGGUGGGUUUGUAUUGGAAUAGAUGAAAGGUGUCAGGGUUGAGGGGUUCAUGCUAUGCUUGCAUGAUUCUUGUAUCUUUUCUUUUCUUUUUCCCUU